AUGACUCCAUCAGAAGAAAUUGCUGAGGAGGGAAGGUUAUCAACUGAGGAAACGCAAAAUAAGGCAAUUUCAGAAAAACCAUCAAAUGAAUUGCAAAUUCCAAAUGAGGCAACUGAGCCAGCUAGUCCAUCUGAAGCAAUUGCUGAGGAAGAAACUGUAUCAACUGAGGAAAUGCAAAAUCAGGCAGUGUCAGAAGAACCAUCGAAUGAAGCGGAAAUUACCAACGAGGCAACCGAGCCAGCUACUCCAUCAGAAGAAAUUUCUGAGGAGGGAAUGGUAUCAACUAAGGAAACGCAAAAUGAGGCAGUGUCAGAAGAACCCUCAAAUGAAUCACAAAUUCUAAACGAGGCAAGCGAGUCAGCUACUCCAUCUGAAGCAAUUGCUGAGGAGGGAAUGGUAUCAACUGAGGAAACGCAAAAUGAG